GCAAGAUCUCAAACUCCGUUAUUACUGGUUUAAGGGGCUACAUAUACUGCUCUUUUUCUUCUUUUUUGCCGCUUGUAUCUUUCCCCGCAUCCGGCUCCGGCGGAGUUUCGCGGAGCUCGAGCUGCUUCGUCCCACGUUUUAAGACCUCGGUUUCCGGGAUUCUACAUCGUUUCUUGCUUUCCAUAUAUCUUUGUUUCUCAUCCGGCCGGUCAUCAGCGCGGUUGGCUUUGGAUUUGCGCUGACCGGGCUAUCAAGGAGCAACAUAAUCUGGAGCAUUUGCUACAGCGUCGACCAUGGCUACGGAACGACUGUCCUCUAUCCUCAACCACCUGAAGGGAGGCUCCAGUGGUGUUUCUGCAAUCACUCAGAAAAACCCAGAUGAUAUCGUCAUCACCCUCGCACUGCGAACGCCGCUGACCAAGGCCAAGAAGGGCGGUUUCAAGGACACCGAUCUAGACUACAUCAUCUAUGCUCUCCUAAAGGAAGUCCUGGCCAAGUCGAAGAUCGACCCAGCUCUCAUUGAAGACGUUUGCCUCGGAAACGUCAAUGAUGGCAAGGCCGCUUACCUCGUUCGAGCUGCUUCCCUUGCGGCUGGCAUUCCUCACACUUCCGGCGCUUCGUCUGUGAACCGGUUCUGCUCAUCUGGUCUAAAGGCCGUGCAGGACAUCGCCAACCAGAUCCAGCUGGGUGCCAUUGAUAUCGGAAUCGCCAUGGGUGCUGAGUCUAUGUCUGCGGGUGGGGAUCGUCUGGAGAGGCCUUUCAACGAAGAGGUCCUGAAGACCCAGGAGGCUGCCGACUGUAUGCAGCCUAUGGGACAGACCUCCGAGAACGUCGGCGACGACUUUAAUAUUACCCGUGAGCAGCAGGACCGCUAUGCAGCAGAGUCAUACCGCCGGGCAGAGGAGGCACAGAAGGCCGGUUGGUUCGAUGAUGAGAUUGUCCCGAUCACAACCAAGAUCAAGGACCCCAAGACCGGCGAGGAGAAGGAGGUCACCUUGACCAAGGACGAAGGCAUCCGAUAUGGCACCACGUAUGAAUCUUUGAGCAAGAUUCGUCCUGCAUUCCCCGCAUUUGGAAACAAGUCCACCGGUGGAAAUUCCAGUCAGGUCACCGAUGGUGCUGCUGCUAUCCUCCUCAUGCGCCGCUCCAAGGCCAUUGAACUGAACCAGCCUAUCUUGGCCAAGUUCUGCGGCGCCACCGUUGCCGGUGUGCCCCCGCGCAUCAUGGGUAUCGGCCCUACAGCCGCCAUCCCCAAGCUUCUCAGCAAAUUCAACCUGGCCAAGUCCGACAUCGACAUUUACGAGAUCAACGAGGCUUUCGCUUCCAUGGCCGUCUACUGCCUAAAUAACCUCGGCCUCGAACAUGAGAAGGUCAACCCUCGCGGAGGCGCCAUUGCGCUGGGUCACCCACUGGGCGCUACUGGUGCACGACAGAUCUGUACGAUCCUGAGCGAGGCCAGAAGGACGAAGAAGAAGGUCCUCGUCACGAGUAUGUGCAUUGGUACCGGACAGGGUAUGGCUGGGUUGUUUGUGAAUGAGCAGAUCUAAGGAAAAUCGAGUUGAAACUUGACUGGGUCGAGGCCUAGUUAGGUAGUGCCGUGUAUAUACAGUACAUUUUGAUAUGCCAUAUGACGCUGUCAUUUGUUUUGAGAUAGCAACUACUAAAAAUACGAUAUCUACUUUAAUGCAAAAGGAACGGUUGAUUCCGCACUUGUUUCAAGUAUAGUACAGUAAUACAAUGAGUAUCUAUCGA